CCGCCCUUACGUUUCUCUCUGCUAUUUUCCGGACGGGAAUGUGGCUCCUCUCCAGGCGCUGGGGAGGUGUGUGUGUGGGGGGUUUGUCUUGGGGCGCAGGGGCGUCAAGGCGGAGCGCCGGGGGCUGCCCUCCACCUCGGGGAGUGAUGCAGGGACAGGAGCAGGGAGAGAUGCUGCCCCCGGGACAUGGCUGGUCCCGCGGGCAUCGCUCCCGGGAGGCAGCGGGGGCCUCCGGGCGCUGCUGCUCCAUCCGCUCGGUCUCCAAAAAAAAAAAAAAAAUAAAAAAUGCUGCCCCCCCCCCCCCCAUAUUCUUAUUCCCUGGUUAUAAGUAAUUCUCACACGAACCCACAGGCGAUGGCAGAGCCGCCAACUUCUCCCAAGGGGCACCAGGCUGGGGGCAGCCUGGGCCCCGCUCCCUUUGUUAGGAGCAGGAGCAGCAGCCGCAUCCACAGCGCGUUCCCGGACGCAGACCCGGCCCAACGGGGCGAUGCCCGGUCCGGAUGGCGGCACCCGGGCAGCUGGGCACUGUCUGCAGCCCCCGUACCAAAAUUAAGAUUAACUGAUGCACCACUUGUUUGUAUCUUUUUUUCAGAAACCUCAUCAAGAAUAGGGCUCGAGACAGGUAAAUGGAUUCUUGCCUGAUUUUCAAUGCUCCUGGAAGGAAAUGUAGCCAAAAUGCUGGGUUACUUCUUUGUCUUGAAACCACCAUUUUCUCCUAAACCUGGUGAUCUUAGGUAGGGGGUUAGAGAAGAGGCUGGGGCCAGCAUCCCCCCAGGGCGCUUCAGCACAGCCCUCCCCCCUGCAAAGAGUUAACCUGACAGAUGCUCCCUGGGCUCCUUUUGGGGAGCCAUUUUCUCUCCCUCAUUGUCUCACCGCCUUUUGUGUGUUGCGAGUAUAUCCUACCCUGGGGAGCCAGGAGGAGCCCAGAAAUAAUCAGAUUUUCAGUUGCUUCUGGCUUUUCGAGGGAGCCUUUGUGUCCCCCCCACCUUCUCCCAGGGCUGCCCAGCCCCCGAGAGCUGCAGACAAAGGGAGGCAGCGCCGGCACCGCUGCGGCAGCACCAGAGCCUGGGCUCUGCCGGGUGGCAGCGAGGGAUGGGCAGUGCUGGCAGGGAUGAGAGGGUUUUCUCCCCGCUGUCUUCAUUGCUGAGCAAGAGAGAGGCCGUCCUGCCGCGGUCAUCCCGCGCAAACACAUCCCGCCUGCCCCACCAUAGGCACCUCCUGCUCGGAUCCAGGCAGGGAAUCCAUUUGCCAGAUGCUCGACGGCAUCUCCUCUGCCCAAUCCCCCCCGCUGAGCCCGAGCCCGGCUCCCACAGCCCGGCCCCACGGCAGCUGGUUUGCAAAUGCUGCCUGGACAUGCUGUCCCCACGGGAGAACUGCCGGCAAGUGCGGAGACAAUGAGCCGCGGGGAGCAACAGCGGCUCCGCAGCUGAACUGCAGAGUCAUCACGGCCCGGCUCCCCCGGGACCAGCUGCCAUUGUGGCUUUUCCAGGCGGGCAGGGCAGGAGGAGGGCGGGCAGCGCAGGCUGGCGCCGGCCGCGUGUGCCCACAGCCCCGCGGAGGUGGUGGAGCGGCACCCACCGCAGCAUGGCGGGGACCGACGGCCGCUCCCUACGGCCAGCGCCUGCGGCACACGCAGGAUCCAAGUGACCCAGUGUAACCACAGGGCAGGGGCGGCAGUGGCAGUGGAAGCAGUGUCAGAGGCACUGGCAGGGGCAAUGGCAGAGACGGCGGAGGCGGUGACAGUAGCAGUGGCGGUAGCAGUGGCAGUGGCAGAGGCAGGGGCAGAAACAGCAGAGGCAGUGACAGUGGCAGUGGCACAGGCAGUGACAGGAGAGGCAGUGGCAGAGGCAGUGGCAGAGAUGGCAGUGGCAGAGGCAGUGACAGUAGCAGUGGCAGAGACGGCAGAGGCAGUGGCAGAGGCAGUAAGUGACAGUGGCAGUGGUAGUGGCAGAGACAGCGGUGGCAGAGGCAGCAGUGGCAGAGGCAGCAGAGGCAGACAGUCCCUGCCCCUGUGCAGGGAUUUCCAGCAGCAGACAGGGACAGUUUGGGGCAUUGCCGCCACUUCUGGUGUGGUCCUUCCCAGUGUCCCAUCCCUGGUGGCAGCUCCGGCUUUCCCUCCCGGCCCCUGCAAAGGGACAGGCACAGGAGGGAGAGGGGCCAUUUCCUCCGUCACUGGGUGCCCCACAGCAAGAGGUGGGCAGCCGAGCAGACCCACGCAGGGGGCGAGGGGUCCCCACGGGGAGUGCGGGCUGGAGCUGCCCCAAGGCUCCUGCUCCCCCAGCUGCCCCCUGCCUGCCUCUGCCCCACGGCAGAGCCCAGCACCAGUGGCCUGCAGCCACACAAGCUGCUGCGAGCACCCAGGCGCCAAGGGGCAGGGCUGGUUUGGGGGAGCACCCGUGGGGCAGGGGGCUCACCCGCUGCAGGAGGCAGCUGGUCAUUGCCGUGCUGUCCCAAGGCAGCGCCAGGACAGGGGUGUCACUUUGCUGGAGAUGCCAAGAUGCCCGGGCUGGUCCCUGCUCCCCCGGGCAGCCCAGUGCAUGGGACGGAGAAGUUGCACGGGGCAGGCUCAGCCGCUGGCAAGGCAUCUCCCCCUGCAGAGGUCUUACAUCCCCAUCCCACGGGAUCCGGCCCCUUCCUUUGCCCCCGGCUUUGGGCAGCACCCAGCCGCCUUGCAGGGACCAGGAGCAGUGCCAGCAGCAGUGGGGUUCGGAGCAGAGGAUGGCACCUGGGGGCUUUAAUCCUGCAGGGAUGGGGAGCCGCAGGGGUGGUAGGGGAGCGGAGGGAGGCUCUGCCUGCGUUCCUGCCUGCCCUGCCCUGCCUGUGCCUCCUGCCAGGCUCCCAGCAGCACCACGCGUCCCCCACCGGCUCGGCUCAGCUCUGCCGGGGACGGCGGCACCGCGUUGCUCUCCCUUGCUGCGUUGGUUGCUUUCUUUUGCAGCUGCUAAUGACUGACCUGAGGUCUGUUCACACACAGUCCCCUGCGCGGCCUCUGCGGCGGAGCAGCCAGACAGGACGGGGGGACAUUGCAUGGCACUCGCGUAGCCGGUGACCACAGUGCCACCAGCCCCAGGGCACAGCCCCAGCUCCUGCCCGGCCAGACCAGCCGUGCCCGGAGGGGAGCCGGGGCUCAGGAGCCACCAUCGCCACCCGCGCACGGAUGCCAGAGACGGGCCAGCCACAGCAGAGCAACCUGGUGUCGGCUGCCAUGGGCCAGAGCCAUGAGCCCGGCCACUGCAGGGGACGCGGCCGAAGAGACGGCGGUGGUGACACCUGAGGACAUGGGUCUGCGUGUGCGCGCGGCUUUACAACGAGGUGCUGGGGUCCCCUUCCCUCCUGCUGCUCCAUCCCAGCCAGAACCAGUGCAUGGGUCUCCCCAUGUGCCCUCCCCAGCAACGGGCAGGAUGAGACCCGUCCCCUUCACUGAAUGCAGUGUAGGAGGAGGGAGAAGGGGAUGGGAGCGGAGCUGUGCCACCUCCUCAAGGAGACACGGGGCCCAGAGCCCAAAGGGACCCUGGUUGUCCCACUGAUCCUGCCCGUCUGUCCCUCUGUCCCAGUACUUUCUGCUCUGGAAGUGCCCUGCACUGCUGGUGCCACGUCCCGGCAGGACCCUGCCCCUACUCUGCUUUGAGAAAACACCUGGUUCGUGGAGCAGCCUGGAGCACAGGGAGGGACAUGGGCAGUGCAUCCUCCUCCCGAGAAGCCUGUGGCAUGGCCUCUGCGGGGCCGUGUGGGGCCGACAGUGGCCCCAUAAGCGUGUGUGACCAUUGCCUCGCUGAGCAGCCCUCUCCGAGCAGGCAGGAGGGCUGGGCGUAUGGUGGGCUGGGGGCUGAGGACAGACACAGCUCAUGGCAGGCUUGCAGCAGGCUUGAAGUCCAAAAUGGAGGAGCAUCCUCUUGGGGACCAGAGGCAGCUAGCGCUGCAGGAGGAGGUGACCCAGGGUAACACGGGGCAGAGGGUGCCCUGGGUGCCCCUUCCCAGCCUUAUCUUGGGCACGGUGCUGCUGCUCCUGCCGCCCCUGGGCAACCGGCACCGCUCAGCCACCCGCUCCUGCGGGCAGCGCUGGGGAGAGGCAGCUUCUGACGGGGAGGGGAUAAGCUGUCAGGCACCUUUCCUCUGCUCCAUACCCUGGUUUUCCCUGCUGGACCCCCUCCUCCCUCCAUGGGCAGUGGGAGCUCGGUGGAAACCCAGAGGCGCCGUCACUGUCUCGGCAGAAGCCCUGCUCUUGCAGAGCUGCCCGUAGCCUUGCUCCAGGCACCGCCAGCGAUGCCGUCACCCCUUCCCUCUCUCUGCUUCUUCCAGCUCCUUUCGCACCCUUACCCCGGAGCCUUGCAAUGCCGAGUCAGUCCGGCACUGCUGGGAUUGUCUCCUCUGUGCAGCCCAUCUCUCCUCUUCACCAGUACGGGGGGUGGGAAACAUGUAUUGAGUGGGAGCACACGCUGCUGGGGGUGGGUACCUCACCCCCACGGACGACAGGGCAGAUCCCCCGCAAAGCAUUUAACUUGGAAAGCAGGUUACAUUACGCAGGCUAAGCCCUCCGCUAACACCUUCCCAAAUUCGACCCAGUAGCAAAGCCCAAAAAUGCCUCCUGCUCUGGCCAGCCGGAGCCCCGCUGCUUCCGCAGGAGCCGAGCAGACCCACCCCCGGGAGGGUGCUCCUCCACCGGCGGCGGGGGGGCUAACCGGGACCGGCUCUGCAUGCUGCCGCUGCGCUCCCAUAUUAACCUACUAACCCGCUGGGACCCCCGUCUGCACGGGGUGCCCAGGGGCUGCCGAAGCCCCUGGCGAACGGACUAACCCACUAACCGGCUCCAGCGCAUGCCCUACUAACCGGCCUUGUCUCGCCCCCCCACUAACCGCGGACAGUCUUUAAAGGGGAACGGAAAAGCUGGGUAAGUAGGUUUGUAAGUGCCGGGUGAUGCUGCGUCGGUGACGGGCUGCGCAGGCAGCGCCGGGCGGUCUGAGCCCCCGCAGCGGGCAGGAGGGGCAGUGGGGCAGCCCCUGCCCCACAACCCGCACGAGGAGAGGGUUUCUCCCCACCUCGCCAUCCCCGGCUCUGCCUGUGGAGUCUGUUGCUGACUAGGAGCCUAAAACGGUUUUAUCAGCAGAAGCUUUUCAGUUCCUUUUUAAGCCAGUAGAUCUCUGUUACUAACACAUUCCUGAACUGAAUUAAACAAACUAACCGUUGCUGCUUUUCUCUUCAUUUCUCUUCCAGUAUGUAUGUCCUCUAAGUCAGACUGAUUGUGCCAUGCUUCUCUCACUAACCGCCUGUACUAAUCGUUCCUGACCUGUUUCUCUAUUGCUACUAACCAAUACUCUUUGCACUUUUAACUCUCGGACGCCAUUCGCCAUGACAAAUGAACAGUGGCCGCCUCCUGGACUCUUGCUUAUUCACUUGCAGCAGCCCAGUUUUCAACGCUGCUGAGCAUCUUUGUCUCCCAUUCGGUGCGAUGGGAAGGAAGACGCUCAGGCUGGGGGGGCUUUGAAAAUUUCCCUAUUGGCCUUCUGUUUUCCAAGAAAUUUCAUGGGGCUAAACGAAGAGAAGAGGCUGAGUGGAAACAGGACAAUGUGGAAACCGCUAAUAACAAUCGGUAGCGGCCACAAAAGUCCAGCAAACCCGGUUUGCAGAGUUUGAGCCAAAAAGCGACGCUAUUGCUAUGAGCCCCACCAGAGCCCGAGCUCGGGGCUCUCCCGGGGCCGCAGUUCACCCGUCAUGGGGAAUGGUCUCGUGCUGCUCCCCGCAUCGGCACGCGGGCGCCGGGGCGGCUGCAGGGCGCUCCCGGGCUCCUCUCUUCACUCCUUUUGUCUCUCCACAGUUUAUCUUGUGACUCUGGUGCAUGUGGAAGCCGUUGCCGGCAGCGUGGUCCUGACUAACCGCACGGCGCCGAGGGCUGCAUCUAACCACGGGGUUGGUACUUGCAGGGUCCCCCCCCGCCCCCGGCCACGAGCUGGAAGGGCAGGAGUGGGCAGCGAGCGGUGGAUGGUGGCCCUGCUGCCCGGCAGAGCCAGGGGGGUGCAGCCUGUGCUUUGCUUUCUGUCCGUCUGUCAGGCAGAUAAACAUCCCAUGCCUCUACAGGGAUUCUGACGGGGUUAAGGCUCCAGGAUCUGGCCCAUCUGUGUGGGUUUGGCACGCAGGGCAGUGAUCUGGGGUGAAGACACCGUCAGCAUUAAGUGCUGGCUGUACCGGCAGCAGUGCUGCGGUGACCCGCGGGGCAGAACCCAAGCCCCGUGCCAGGAGAGGAGGGUGGCCCCAUGCUGCUGGCCGGGACGGGUGCUGGCUCCUGAGGACAUCCCGGACCGUGGCUGCUGGGGGGAUGCAGCCCUGGGGCGACCUGGGGGGAUUGCCUCGCUCAAGGGUCGGGGCAGCUCUGUCCAGGGGGUGAAUGGAUCCAGCCAGCAUCCAGCUCCAGCUGCUCUCUCUUCCUCUUGUCCUUGGUGGCUUUGGCUUGUGCUCGCUAACCCAGUGAUGAGGACUUCCCCAAUAACCCAGUGUCACUGUCUGGUUUCAGUCUCACCUGACAGCAGCUCUCCUGCUCUGGAAGGCAGAGCUGGAGCCGGGUGCCCCGGGUGGCCGGGUUCAUGCAGCACCGCUGCCCGCCUCCCCUUGGCACCCCUGGUCCGCACCGACCACAGCCUGGCCCUUCAGCUAGGACAGGGGGGUCUCGCUGGGCUCUCUCACUGACGGGGCUGCCCUCCCCACCCAGCUCUGUGGCUGCUCGACCCCCACCUUAACCCACUAACCACGCACCUCCCUUUCCUCUGCACGGCUGGGACCAGGGGGGAUUUUUGGGCUGAUGCUCCUCAUUUUGACUGAAGGGGGAGGCAGGGCCCUGCCGCAGGCUCGGGGCAGAGGGUCAAGCAGAGGCAUGGGGAUGGGAAAGGGUCAGGGGGACAAGACAGGUUGGGCACAGGGCAGGUGGGUGCCCAUCGGGGCAGGCGGGGUCAGGGCUCCUGCACGGGUCAGGAGCACCAUGAGCACUGGGCAGGGGUUGUCGGAGCCUGCCUGUCAUGAGGGGCUGCCCUCGCUGCCCCCACAGACCCCCUUUUCAGCUCCAGAGCAGCCUUCCAGCCAGCCUCGCACCCAGGGGGACCUCCCCAGGCCGGUCAACGAGACACCAAUGGGACCACGAGUCACGCAGGUGGCCCAGAGGAUGCACCGGGCAAGUGCAACCCCGCACAGGCAGCAAGUGCUGCCUACGGACCCCUUGGUGGGGACAGGACACCAGCACCCACCAGAUGGCUGCUCCCCCCUGCAGGGCCACCCCUUCUGAACAGAGCGGGACUGGGGGGCAAGAGAGGCUUCACGGAAGAGCCAGGUUGCUCCUUUGCUCUGCCCCAGCACCUCAGGGCUCCCUGCCCCUGCUCCCCACUUCCCUCAGCUGGGAGAGGAGUCGGUCUGUCUGUCUGUCCACCCCCCUUUGCUGGUGUCCCCAGAGCUGUCUGAAGAGGGAAGGCAGCAACGCAAGCGGGAUGUGCAGAUCCCCCUUUACCAGCUGCAGUGACAGCAGGUGUGGGGCCGUGUCACCCCAGCAGCGACGUGAGCAGAGCUCCAGGGAUGGUGCCCGGCCCUGGGGGACACCGUCCUGCCCAGGGCAUGCCAGCCCAAGCUGGCCAGGGCUGCUCCUGCUCUGCUGGGACCCCGCUGCUGCCCCUCGCCCAGUGUGGUGGGAGCGGGCACGGCCGUGGUGGGGCUGGGCGCAGGAGCGGGGCUGAGCGCUGGCGCGGGGUGAGGAUGCCCUGGGGAAGGGGCUCCUGGGGCUGCCUCUGUGGCGCGAGCCGGAGCCCUGCGCGUCCCCACAGCCCCCAGGAUGUCCCUACUGCCUGUAAUCUCUGCUGUGAACAAUGGCAAGUGUGCA